AUGGACGAGCAACAGUUCGUGCAGCUGCUUGAGAGCCUGUUGCAGCCCGACACGGAGCGUGUCAAGAAUGCAACGGCUACUCUCAACAAGAACUAUUACAGCUCUCCUGCGUCCCUGAAUGCCCUCCUCCAAAUUCUGUGCGGCCACCCCAAGACCGACCUCCGCCAGUUGGCUGCGGUUGAGGCCAGAAAGCUUGUGACCAAGCACUGGGCAAGUCUGCCUGCGGACCAGAAGGCUGCGCUGCGAAACCAGCUCUUCCAGGCCACGCUGAACGACGAAGUCACUUUGACACGACACUCGGCUGCCCGCGUCAUUGCUCAGAUCGCCGCUCAGGAUUUCGAGGAUGGAGAGUGGGCUGACCUCCCUGGCUACUUGCACCAGGCCGCCACCAGCCCAACCGCACGACACAGGGAAGUGGGCACAUACAUCAUCUGGACGACGCUUGAGUCUACCGGGGACGCGUUCCCAGGCAAAUCUGCGGAUCUGUACAAGCUGUUCAGCACCACCAUCCAGGACAGCGAGAGCGCAGAGGUCAGGAUCAACACGAUGCUUGGUCUGAGCCGCAUGGCUAUGCUCAUGGAUGCUGAGGAAGACCCCAAGGGCCUUGCCAUGUUCCAGGAGGCCAUCCCUGCUAUGGUAGUUGUGUUGAAGGGUACUGUCGACGAGGGUGACGAGGAGCGUGCGAUGCAGGCCUUCGAGGUCUUCCAGACCCUCCUAAGCUGUGACUCAGCUCUCCUACAAAAGCACUUUGGCGAUCUUGUCAGGUUUAUGCUUGAACUCGCCUCCUCCACCACCGUCGAGGAUGACUACCGGUCCCAGGCACUUGCAUUCCUCAUGCACUGCGUCCGAUACAGGAAACUUAAGAUCCAGUCUUUGAGGAUCGGUGAAGAGCUGACUCUCAAGGCCUUGCACAUCGUCACCGAGUUGGGCGACCUCUCCAGCGACGACGAGGAUGUCACACCUGCCCGCUCCGCCCUUGGCUUGCUCGACGUCCUUGCGUCAAGCUUGCCCCCGAGCCAGGUCGUCAUCCCAUUGUUGAAGAACCUCGGCAACUACUUCACCUCCCAGAAUCCCGACUACCGACAAGCUGGUAUCUUGGCCCUGGGCAUGUGUGUCGAGGGUGCGCCGGAUUUCAUUGCAACACAACUGCACGAGAUCUUGCCCAUGGUCCUGCAUUUGCUCGAAGAUCCUGAGCUCAAGGUUCGAGCCGCAGCACUCAACGGUGUUGCUCGCUUGGCCGAUGACCUAGCUGAGGACGUCGGCAAGGAGCACGCCCGACUCAUUCCAGCUAUGAUCGUAAACUUCGAUUUGGCCGCCAACAACGCGCAGAAUGCGGAGGAUGAGCACAAUCUCUCCAUCAUCCGUGGAAGCUGCAUGGCCAUUGACUCGCUCAUCGAAGGGCUCGACCCCGAGGACGCCGGCAAGUAUGUUCCCGAACUGAUCCCCCGAUUCAGCAAGCUCUUCGACCAUGAGGAUCUCCGGGUCAAGGAGGUGGCUAUCAGUGCAGUUGGCUCAAUUGCUUGCGCUGCCGAGCAAGCUUUCCUUCCGUUCUUCGAGCAGACUAUGCAUGCUCUCUCUCCGUAUGUGAGGGUCAAGGACAGCCAAGACGAGUUGGACCUCCGUGGCGUCACUUGUGAUACCAUGGGCAAAAUUGCUUCGGCCGUUGGCGCCCAGCCGUUUGAGCCUUAUGUCCUUCCUCUCAUGGAAGCGUCCGAGGAGGCACUCCACCUUGAUCACCCUCGCCUGCGCGAAACUAGCUACAUUCUCUGGAGCACCAUGGCGAAGGUUUACGAAGAACAGUUUGCCAAGUAUCUUCCUGGUACAGUCAAGGGUCUGCAAGAGUGUCUCGAGCAAGAGGAGACAGGUGAACUUAUCGGCGAGGAAGCCUUGGAGCAGCUCAACGGUUCAGAGGUCGUCAUCGGCGGCACCAAGUUCCAGGUGGCUCCUGACGAUGAUGAUGAUGACAGCGACUUGAACGAGGCUGCUAUGGGAGACGAAGAUGAAGACGACUGGGAUGACCUUGAGGGUGUCUCCGCCGUUGCCAUGGAGAAGGAGAUUGCAGCGGAGGUUUUUGGCGACAUCAUCACACAUACUCGUCGUGAAUACAUCCCCUACCUUGAGGCCACCGUCACGAAGCUUCUCGAGCUUGUCAACCACUCGUACGAGGGUAUCCGCAAGGCCGCAAUCGGAACGCUCUGGCGCACAUUCGCUUGCCUCUUCAGCUUGGCUGAGGGUGACGGUAUGGCAAAGUGGCAGCCUGGUCUUCCCCCUAGCAAUGAGCCACCGGCGGAGCUGAAGAAGCUCGGCAACCUCGUCAUGUUGGCUACCAUGUCCGUCUGGCAAGACGAGAUGGAUCGGGGAACUGUCACCGACAUCAACCGCGAUGUUGCUGCCACACUCAAGCUUUGCGGACCCGCGAUUCUCAUGACCGAAAACGGUACCGUUGUUCCUGAGAUCUGCCAAACAUUGCUCGCCAUCAUCACCAAGCAUCACAUCUGUCAGCAAGACGAUGGCGAGGAAAUGGACGAGGACAUGCUUGAGGAGUCUUCCGAGUACGACUGGCUGGUCAUCGAGACUGCGAUGGAGACUAUCACAUGUUUGUCGGUCGCCCUGGGUCCCCAGUUCUCUGAGCUCUGGAAGAUGUUCGAGAAGCCCCUCAUGAAGUAUGCCAGCAGCCAAGAAUCGACAGAACGCAGCGCGGCCGUUGGAACUAUCGCCGAGUGUGUCGGGAAUAUGGGUGCGGGUUGCACGCCCUACACGACCGGGCUCUUGAAGCUUCUCCUCCACCGCCUGUCUGACGAGGACCCGGAGACAAAGUCCAACGCUGUAUACGGCAUUGGUCUUUUAUGCGAGGCAACAACCAACGACGAAGAGAUUCUCAAGUCGUUGUCAACUAUCUUCUCCAAGCUUGAGCCCCUCCUCGAUGCUCAGGAUCAGGCUCGUUUGUUGGACAACACCGCUGGGUGCGUCAGCAGGUUCAUCACCAAGCACACCGAUAGGCUCCCCAUUGCGGAGGUUCUGCCCCGUCUGGUCAACCUACUGCCACUUCGUGAAGACUACGAGGAGAACAAGCCUGUAUUUGGCAUGAUUGUGAAGCUUUACCAAAAGAACGACGCGACCGUGCAGCAAAUGACACCAAGACUCAUGCCUGUAUUUGAGAAGGUGCUCGGCGAGCCUCAGGAUCAGCUCGAAGAUGAGACACGGUCUCAGCUUGUUGAGCUUGUGCAGUAUUUGCGCAAGUAA